AUGGCAGAUUUCGCACCUCCACCAGGCCCUCCCCCGCCACAAGUGCCCGAAGGCUGGAAGGCCGUCUGGAACACACAGUACAACGAGUGGUUCUACGUCAACAUCUAUACGAAGCAGUCGCAAUGGGAGAAGCCAACGCAUCCUGUCUACCCUCCUGGUGAAGCGCCGCCUCCAGGCGCACCUCCCAACUAUGUCUCGCCUUCAGCUGGUGGGGCAGUGGGCGGUUUCCCAACUGGCGGGAGCGAGAAGGGAAGCCUGAGUAGUAACAAUCCGUAUGCGAACAUUAGUGAAGAUGAGAAACUAGCAAGAAAACUUCAACAAGAGGAAGAAGCGCACGCACGAGGUGCCUCAAAUGAUUACUACAACCAAUCCAGCCAGUCGUAUCCCCAACAAUAUGGCGGCUACGGCCAACCAAGUCCAAAUCCAUACCAACAAGGGCAAUACCAGGACACAGCCGUACAGGAAAAGAGUGGUAAGAGCAAAGGCUUCCUAGGCAAGAUCCUUGGAAAGGCUUCUGGCUCGUCACACUCGCCAUCGCCUGGUUAUGCACAGCAACACCAUGGAUACGGCCAGCCAAGCUACGGCCAGCCUGUUGGGGGUGGUUACUACGGUGGAGGAGGCUACGGAAGGCCGAUGGGUGGUGGAAUGAUGCCUAUGGGCGGUGGCGGCAGGCGCCCUGGAGGAGGAGCGGGCAUGGGGGCCAUGGCUCUUGGAGCGGGAGGUGGUCUGCUCGCUGGUGGUCUCAUAGGAUCAGCAAUGGCGGGAGACGAUGGCGAUACAUAUAUUCAGAACAACUACGGCGAUGAUGGUGACAUGGGUGGAGACGAUGGGGGAGAUAUGGGUGAUAUGGGCGGGGACUUUUAA